AUGAUCGUCACCAAGGCGGGCAGGAGGAUGUUCCCCACCUUCCAGGUGAAGCUGUCGGGGCUGGACCCGCUGGCCGACUACGUCCUGCUGAUGGACUUUAUCCCGCUGGACGACAAGAGAUACAGGUAUGCCUUCCACAGCUCCUCCUGGCUGGCAGCAGGUCGGGCUGACCCAGCAGCCCCUGGUCGUGUCCAUUUCCACCCCGACUCCCCGGCCAAGGGUGCCCAGUGGAUGCGGCAAAUCGUCUCCUUCGACAAGCUCAAGUUGACCAACAACCUCCUGGACGACAACGGCCACGUCAUCCUCAACUCCAUGCACCGCUACCAGCCCCGCUUCCAUGGGCGGCGGGACAGCGAGCGCUUCGCCCACCAGAACUUCAAGACCUUCAGCUUCCCCGAGACCCAGUUCAUGGCGGUGACAGCUUACCAGAACCACCGGAUCACCCAGCUGAAGAUCGCCAGCAACCCCUUCGCCAAGGGCUUUCGGGAUGGUGACCCCGAGCCGUGGUAA